ACAAUGUUAUGAAUGUAGGAUCAAGCAAAUAUUGGUAGAAAAUAUUUAAUAACUGUUCUGAUUUAUUGUGAAAAAUUCAACAGACUGUAAAUACGGACUUAGAUUUUAGAACAUUUGGGAGAGGUGCACUUUAUUUGGUUCAAAGAUGAAAUUUAUGUAUGCAUAAGAAAUUUUUGAUAGAGGUAAAACAGAAUUACACAUCACUUGUUCAAGAAUGGAACUUGUUAAACAAAGAAAUAGGAGAGAAACUUAAGUCCAAGAACACAUGGACAGUUGACAAAGAAGAUCUUUCUCAGUUAGCAGCAGAAAUUGCACAAUUGAAAGAAAAUUUACCAAAAGUACUGAAUAAAAAUGUCCUCACAGCUGCAUCUAAGAUAAAUCUCAUUGAGGAAGAAUUGCAGAUCACUAAGAAGCUUGCAGAAUCCAAACAGUUAGAAGCAUCUCAAUGGAAAGCUCGAUGUGAAGUGGCAACAGCUGACUGUCAAAAAGAAAAAGAGGAAAACAUAAAAUUGAAAUGUGAAGUUCAGGAGCUGACUCAGCAGUUAUCUCAACAGUCUGACUAUUGCUCCAGCCUAGGGUCAGCCUGCUGUACACUACUGUGGAGAGUAUCAAAGAAUGAAGAGAGUAUACAGUCAAUACUUGUUGGGACUAAGAUUGAUGAGUUUUUGUGUCUGGUUUCCAACACUUUAGAAAGUUAUUUAUCUGCCUAUAAAGAAGAGUGGCCACAGGAUACCAGUGAGGAACAGAGCUUUAUAUUAGCUCUUUGUGGAAUCAUUACAAACAUAGCUGCCUCAGCCCUUGGUAGAGACUUCUUGGUGACUAAUCAGUAUGGCAGACAGCUAAUAGACACAUAUCUCAAAGUCCUAUCUGAAGCUCCAAAUGGAAAAGCUGCUAAGCUGAAAAAUUUAAUUCUGAUGUCUUUAUACAACAUAAGUAUUAAUCAGAAGGGAAUUAAGUACAUCUGCACCAAGAAAGGAUUGCUGUCCUUAUUGUCAUGGAUUUUACAAGAUGAGAAGAUUGUGGAUAACAGAGUUAACUCUCUUAGACUGAUCCAAUCUAUCAUUUGUGAAGAUGUGAAUAUCAGCCUGAUCCAUGAAUUAGAAGAAGCUUUACCAAACCGUGUGUUUGAAGAGUUACUACAAGAGAAGAACAGAGAUAUAAAAGAACUUGCUUUGGAGAUACUUUCUGAUAUCCAGCAGCAUAAAACACAUGAACAAUAAUAUUUUAAUUUUAUAUGCAUUUGGCUUUUUAUCAUGUUGAUCAAUGUGUUAGUUAACUUGUAAAUAUAUCAACCACAUUGGAAAUUCAUUUAUUUGACCAUAAAUACUUGAUAUGUAAACUUUAAAUUGUGGAAAGUUUUUUUUAGGAAAAUGUCUGUAUAAUUAUUAGUGAGAAAUAUAGCUAAACAAUUGUU